GCGGCGCUCGCUCCCCCCUGCGCGGGCCCCGGCGCGGAGCCGAGCCGUGCCGAGCCGUUCCGUGCCGAUCCGAGCCGUGCUGAGCCGAGCCGUGCCGCGGAGUUACAUUGUUGGGACUUUGCACCAAACUCGCGCCGCCGUCGCCUCGUCUGCGCGCCCUGCCGCCGGUGCGGGGCUGAGCCUUCCUCCUCCCUCCCCCCCUCCUCCUCCUCCCUUGGGUGUUUUUUUCUUUUUUUUCCUCUUUUUUUUUUUUUUUUUCCUCUCCCCUCCCUCCCUUCCCCCUUUCGCUUUGAUUUCGCUCCCCGCCCCUGCGCUGUGUGUUUUCCACCAAGCCCCUUGGCAUGAGUUAGGCACCAGCGAUGGACACCAAACACUUCCUGCCGCUGGAUUUCUCAAACCAAGUCAAUUCCACGUCCCUGAACUCCCCCACCAGCCGGGGCCCCAUGGCCACCCCCUCCCUCCACCCGUCCAUCGGGCCGGGCAUCGGCUCCUCGCUGGGCUCCCCGGGUCAGCUCCACUCGCCCAUCAGCACCCUGAGCUCGCCCAUCAACGGCAUGGGGCCCCCCUUCUCCGUCAUCAGCUCCCCCAUGGGCCCGCACUCGAUGUCCGUCCCCUCCACGCCCAGCCUGGGAUUCGGCACCAGCAGCCCGCAGCUCAACUCGCCCAUGAACCCCGUCAGCAGCUCAGAAGACAUCAAGCCCCCCCUGGGGCUCAACGGGGUCCUCAAAGUGCCAGCACAUCCCUCAGGAACGAUGGCCUCCUUCACCAAGCACAUAUGUGCCAUCUGCGGGGACAGGUCUUCAGGUAAACAUUACGGGGUGUACAGCUGCGAGGGCUGCAAAGGCUUCUUCAAGCGCACGGUGCGGAAGGACCUGACCUACACGUGCCGCGACAACAAGGACUGCUUGAUCGACAAGCGCCAGCGCAACCGCUGCCAGUACUGCCGCUACCAGAAGUGUCUUGCCAUGGGGAUGAAGCGAGAAGCUGUCCAGGAGGAGAGGCAGCGGGGGAAAGACCGCAACGAGAACGAGGUGGAGUCCACAAGUAGCGCCAACGAGGACAUGCCCGUGGAAAAGAUCUUGGAAGCUGAACUCGCCGUGGAGCCCAAGACAGAGACGUACAUUGAAGCGAACAUGGGCUUGACGCCGAGCUCGCCCAAUGACCCGGUGACGAACAUAUGCCAGGCGGCCGACAAGCAGCUCUUCACCCUGGUGGAGUGGGCCAAGAGGAUCCCCCACUUCUCCGAGCUGCCCCUGGACGACCAGGUCAUCCUGCUCCGAGCGGGGUGGAAUGAGCUCCUAAUCGCCUCCUUCUCCCACCGCUCCAUAGCCGUGAAAGACGGGAUCCUCUUAGCCACCGGGCUCCACGUGCACCGGAACAGCGCGCACAGUGCUGGCGUCGGGGCCAUCUUUGACAGAGUACUGACAGAACUCGUGUCGAAAAUGCGAGACAUGCAGAUGGACAAGACAGAGCUAGGCUGCCUGCGAGCCAUUGUCCUCUUCAACCCCGACUCGAAAGGUCUCUCCAACCCGGCCGAAGUCGAGGCGUUACGGGAGAAGGUGUACGCGUCGCUAGAGGCGUACUGCAAGCACAAAUACCCCGACCAGCCCGGGAGGUUCGCCAAGCUCCUGCUCCGGCUCCCUGCCCUCCGGUCCAUCGGCCUGAAAUGCCUGGAGCACCUCUUCUUCUUCAAGCUAAUAGGCGACACGCCGAUCGACACCUUCUUGAUGGAAAUGCUGGAAGCGCCCCAUCAAAUGACUUAGAGAACUGCUGCUGGGUCAGUCCCUCGCCCGGCCGGGGCCUCACGGGGCUCCGUCCACUGCUUUCUCCUCCUCCAACCCCAGCCCCUUCCCUCCCUGCCCUCCCCAAUGCUGGAGGCACCGUCCGAGCUUCUCCGUGCGCUCCCCGGGGCGACCCCCCCGAAGUCCUCGCCGCCUCGCCACGUUGACCCUUGUCCGUUUGCUGUCACUGCUGCGUCUAAAGACCUGAUCCGCUGUUGCCCUGCGGUAGAUGUAGAGAAGUGGGGGACGGAAAGCUUUGCCGCGGCGCCCCGUGCCGGGCGGCGCUGCCACACGGGAGCUGGGGACGCUGCCGGCCCCUUUUGGGCAGCGGGGGUUUGGACGAGCUGAGGGAGCGGUUCGGCUCGCCGGAUUGCAGCUGGCUAUUUUCAGAGGAUGGAGGUUUGGUGGUUUGUUUUUUUUUUUUUGAAAAAGA